AUGCUUACGGCUAUGAUCCAGCCAUCAUUCACUCCUCCUCAACGGCCUAUAGAAGUGCCAGAUCCCUUCAACGCGCAAUUUUUCAACAUGCUGAUGAACAGUCAACUCCAACAUUUCUUUAAUUCACUACCUCGAUCAGAAAAAGGAAAGGAUGAAAACAUCGAUGAACAGCGCUCUCAAUGUUCGUUUUCGAUCGACAACCUGCUGCGGCCGGAAAGCGACGAGAAGCAGGUAAAGGAAGCAAUCGCUCUCACUCACUCUAUGAGCAGCAUGAAACAACCACCUAAUAAUAUCCAUUCACUGGCAGCGUAUAAAUACUCUAAAUGUUUUCUCUUGCAGACAUCCAAUUCGCCGGACUCUGACGUGACCGCGUACACACUCGACGCUCUUGAGGUAUCCGAUGGACGAACAAAACAGGAACGAAAAUUUCCUUCAUCGCGGUGUGUCUGUGAUCAAUGCGGAAAGUCCUACGCCACUACCAGUAAUCUCAGUAGACAUAAACAGACUCAUCGACCGUUGGACAGUGAACACGCGAAGCAGUGCCCGCACUGUGAUCGAGUCUAUGUCAGUAUGCCAGCGCUAAGGUGA